AGUACAGUAUCGGGUAUCAUUUCAUCCAUUCACCUCGGCAAUCAUUUCACAACCACCACAUCACUGGCAAGAUGAGUGAAGAAGUGUUGUCGACGACGCGGACUGCUGCUCUGUUUGAUAUACUCACUCACUACAACACGUAUGCCGAAAUCCGAGACUUCAGAAAACCAGGCAGCCUUGCUCAAUAUGGCCCACCCUUUCAUUACGAGGACCAGAAGCCAUCCACUUCUCCCGCUCUGCAAACCCUAGUCUCCAGGUUCCUUUUGAACCUGCCAGGGCUGAACAAUCUGCCCGAGAAAUGGUGGAAAGUCCAAUGCCACAAUAUCAUCGAGAACCUCGAGCAUGCCAAUCUUAGUGAGAGUUACGACAAAGGCGUCAUUGGAAGUCGGAAGACCGUUGCCACUGCCAUAUCCGCCUUGGUCGAGUACCCUGUCCGAGGAACCUAUGGCGGCUUGCCAGAGAAGAACAGCCAACAUGCAGACUACGAUACUUCCAAUGCCGAAGAUCUCUCCCGCGCGUUUCGCGAUUUCGUGAACAAUGCCGUCUACGACAACGUCCUCGAAGAAAUGGUCAACAAGACAGCCCAGACAGACAGAUUGGAAGAUCACCCUCCUCUCACCAAAGCUGUACAUGAAUUUGUGCUUGUUAAGUGAGCAAUCUUUCUUGCUUCACUUAUGCAUUAUACCCUCAUAUUGUCACCAAAAGGGCAGUACUUGCUGAAGUUGGUCGACAACGCCAACAAGCUGGUCCCUUAUCUCGUCAUCAAACAAACCGUCAGGAUCGGGAACGUGGCAACCAUGAUCAAUGCCAUGGUCAAGGUCGGAUUGGCCAAGAUGAGUGUUGCCAGCGUCACCAAUUGGAUUGGCCUGACCCAAAAUUCAGACGAAGGCAUGAAUCUCAUGCAGACUAUCAUCUCCACCGUCCUCAACUGGGACAUCAAAGACCUGGAAUCUCGAGCAUCAAAGCUUGAGCGAGAACGUGCCAAACUCGGCAAAGAGCAAUUACGCAUUCUCAAGGAAUAUACAACAAAACCUCAACACGAACAGGAUCGGAUCCGCAAAGAAAGUCUGACACAAUCCAUCUCAAUAGUCGCAGCCAUCCUGAAGGACAGCAAAUGCUCAUCGACCGAACUUACCGACUUCCACCACACACAAGCUCUGGACUACCUAUCCAUCCAGCUAUCGAUCCGUGACCGAAAACAGCUGAUUCAGGUCCUCUGCAAAUCCUCCCCGGACCAUCUUACCACAUCUGUAAGAGAAGUGGUCGACGCCUACGAGCCCGUCAUCCGACGAAUGCACAAGGCCGUCGAUCUGUCCGGCACGGUAACAGAUUUCGAAUACUUCCUGAGAGACCUGAUCAAGCUAGCCAGAAUCCAGACCGACAAGUCCGGCAAAUCAAUCAUACCUACCGUCGGCGACUUCGUCCAGCUUCUCCGGAAACACCAACGUUCAUGUCACGUCUUCAUGCACCAAUGCUGCAAGAACGACAAGGAACUGACGGGCUGGUACCUCGAGUGGGCGAAAGAAGCAGCUUCACAUUUCAAACGGGAGCCCGACACCGACUUCGACCCUAGCAGCGCCGAGUUCCAAGAGAAAGGAGCGGGCAGCCUUACUCCACACCUGCACGACAUGUUCAAAUCCCUCCCGGAGGACAGACAGUCCCAGAUCAUCCCAAUUUUGGAUUCGCACUCCUCGUUCCUGGACAAAAUGCACGCCCAAUCCUCGGCCCGUCUACAGAACGUCCUCAGAUCCCCACCGUCCAAGACCCCAGCCAUCGCAAAGAUCUUCUCCGGCUCCGCAAGUCGACCGCCGUCACGCCCCGCCAGUCCGGGUCCCGGAUCGCCUGUCGAGCGGACUCACAGCGUCCCUCCACCCGAUCCCUCCGACACGAGCAAAGAAAUCAAGGACUCCCCGACACCCGAAGUCUCCUCCUCGCCGGGUCCAGGCUCGUUCCUCGCGCGCUGGCAAGCACUGCUCGAUGCGACCCCGAUCACUCCUCUUACGCAAUCCGGUCCGCCCAAGGCAGCCAGUAGUCCUGAGGUCGUCCAGUCGAGCGCCACCGAUGUCGACGGCUCCAGACUCGUGAAUUUCGGCCAGGAAGAGGCCAAAGGCGAGAGAAUCCGCGUCGACCAGGGUCCUACCAAGAGAAAGAGUUCGACGCACGAGGCACGCGAGAGGCAGAAACAGUUGAAGAUCGUCAUUGAUGCCAUGGGCGAGGAUUUCAGGAACCUGUUGGCCGAGAAAACUUGCUAUUGGUAGUAUCCUCGAUGCGAUUGUUCGGUUUUCGAAGACACCUCAGUUGAACCCCAAAAUAAGAAACGCUGCAUGGAGUAGGAUAGGACCAUCCCUUCCUCAGGGCAUGCAAGUGCCGAGAUUCGUGUCCGUUGGUCCAUUUGCCGCGUCGAGGUGAUCCAGCCGCCAACUCACGAACGCAGACGACUGGCAACCCUUGGGGGGAAUCUCAUUGAAAAGGCUUGGCCACAGUCUCUGGAGAAUAUACUAUCGGACCUGGUGCAACGCUCGCGAGAUGUAUCAUUUCCAGAACAGAAAAUUCGACGCGGAGACAACCAGAAGACGUCAUCAUAGACUCUGGCGCAAGAGCAAUAGGCGCAUUUCCAGCCAACGAGCACGUCAACCACUGCACUUCCUCCCUUUGACUCCAGCAGGCCUUCGUCUUGGCCUCGAAUACGCUUGGGCAUGUAUGAGCCGAGCACGCGGAAACCAAUGCGUUCCCCAGGCGGGAAGAGCCACGUUCAACGAGUCCGGUUGGCAUCGUACGCAGACCGGUGCAGUAAUCCACUUACGCUAUAAGGUCGGUUCAAGAUCAUAGCAUAGCACCAUAUAGCGUCGGAGUCAUCGCCAUCUGGAUAUGGAUAUGGAUGUCUCUCACCCUGGGAGGAACAUGAUAUAGCAUCGAACUCAAGCUUGGAGAGUUUAACCUUUUUGUCUCAUUUCAACCUCCAUCUCUGUUAGAAACAGAGCGGAAAUCUCAUAGAUUAUAUCUUCA